GGGACGGGACGGACGGACGGACGGACAGACGGUCGGACAGACAGACAGACAGACACGGGACGGGACGGGACGGACGGGACGGAGCCGCGAUGGAGAAGCCGCGGCGGGCGGUGGUGGUGACGGGGUUUGGGCCGUUUGGGGAGCACGCUGUGAACGCCAGCUGGAUUGCAGUUCAGGAGCUGGAGAAGCUGGGGCUGAGGGAUGACGUGGAUCUGCACGUCUAUGAGGUCCCUGUUGAGUACCAGACCGUGCAGAGACUCAUUCCUGCCUUGUGGAAGAAGCACAGUCCCCAACUGGUGGUGCACGUGGGCGUGUCGGGCAUGGCCACCACUGUCACCCUGGAGAAGUGUGGCCACAACGUGGGCUACAAGGGGCUGGACAACUGCCGCUUCUGCCCGGGCUCGCAGUGCUGCGUGGAGGGCGGCCCCGAGUGCAUCGACUCCAUCAUCGACAUGGACGCCGUCAGCAGCAGGGUCAGUGCCCUGGGCCUGGAUGUCACUGUCACCAUCUCCAAGGACGCUGGCAGGUACCUGUGUGACUUCACCUACUACACCUCCUUGUACCAGAGCCAUGGGAGGUCAGCGUUUGUCCACGUGCCUCCUCUGGGGAAACCUUACUCUGCAGAACAGCUGGGCCGGGCCCUGCAGGCCAUCAUAGAGGAAAUGCUGGAUUUUUUGGAGCACUCUGAAGACAAAAUCAAUUGUCAGCAUGAACACUGAGCAGCCUGGCCAGGAGCUCUCCUAGUAUUGCACUUCCAAAAAUUUUUCCCUGCUCUGAUGAAGUAUUGGGGGGAAAAAGAAAUAUAAAUCAAGCAACAGUUCCAGACCCAGAAUUGGAGACGUCAAAAAAAAAAAAAAAAAACCAGAAAAAAAAAGGAAAAUUCUACAAAUUCUGCUUAGAAAUUAACUUUUUUUGUUGUUGUUGAAUCUGUGAGCUCCAGCCUGAGCAACAAAGGAUUCAGAAUCUCUUCUUUAGGACACCUGCAGCUCCUGAUUCCCGAGGGGUUUGUGCUGUUCCUCACCUGGGCCAGCUCACCCAACCCUCUUGUGGCUCAUUCUUGACAUGAAAGGUUUGCUUCCAGGUGGUCUUGGGUUUGUUUCCCCCUCUCCUGACCCAAAUUCAAGGUGAUGGUGUGGAAGCACAGCUGGAGCUGUGGGGUUGGCAUGGAAAGCAGAGUUUGGUGGGCAUGAGGAGCCUGGAAUUGCUCGGCUGGAAUGGAAAAUUAUUUUGGGCGCUGAUUCCUCUCUCCACACCCUCCAGACACCUCAGGCUGCUUAGCUGCAGUAGAAGGGAUGUGUUUGGGAUCCUUUUGGAACCCAAAUCCAGCUGGAAUUUUUUAUUUUUAAUUUCUGGAGCCUGAUCCUAAACCUUUCCAAAUCUCUUUUUCCCUCUUGGCCACCUCCCUUCCUCAAGGAGCUCCUGUACCAAACACCUCGGUUCAAAUGUGUCCAAAACCAAUCACUGAUGGAUAAAGAGCUUUGCUGAGGGCCACUUCCCCCACGGGAGACCUUUAUCCUGGUGCUCCAUGCUGGUUUUGAGGUGAAGGUUCAGUAAUUUAUCAUUUCCCCAGCUGCAAAUUCCCCCCUCGUGCUCCAGGUUAGGAGAGCAACGUUGAACUGAGAUCCCAAUUCCACCUGGAUUUGAGUGGGGGCAUAAAAGUGCAGAUGGAAGUCUUCAAAAUCCCUGCAAAAAAAAAAUCAAAUUUCAGCUCUUCAAACCCAAUCCCACUGCCUGGGGAGCAGAGGGAAUUAUCUGAAAUUCAGGAAUUCUGCUCAGAGUGAGGAUUCCAGGCUCUUUGCUGGUGUCCCCUCCCAAUGGGAGGGCUCAGAAGUGGUUCUGGCUGCUCCUGGGGGUUUCCCCAGGGAUUCUCUUGGGCCUCAGCAGGUGAUGCUGGUCCUGUGAGGAGAUUUUGCUGCCAAAUUUUGAGAUUGCAGCAAGGAAAACCCAGCUGGAUUUGGAGCAGGACCAGACACCAAACUGGGAGCUGAGGCCUCGUGGAGAGGCCACGUGGACGGCGAGGUCUGUGAUGCUUUUACAAAUAGAUAGAAAUAUAUCUAUAAACGGCAUUUUAAACAUUUUAAA